AUGAAAACUGUUAUUGUUGGAGGAGUUGCUGGAGGAGGUAGUGCGGCUGCAAGAUUGCGCAGAUUGGACGAAAAAGCGGAAAUUAUCAUCUUCGAGAAAGGUCCGUAUGUAUCUUUUGCCAAUUGUGGUCUGCCCUAUUACAUUGGAGAUGUCAUCCCUGAGGAAAAUGACCUGAUUGUGUUUUCAGCGGAAAAAUACAAGGGGUGGUUCAACAUCGACGUGUUUACUCGACACGAGGUACUGUCCAUCAAUCGCGAGAAAAAGUCCGUUCUCGUGAAGAACCUAAUUUCUGGAGAAACUUUCGAAGAGACCUACGACAACCUAAUCCUCUCCACUGGUUCCAAGCCCUUCGUUCCCAAGCUUCCUGGCUGCGAUCUCCCGGGUGUCUUCCAGCUUCGAGACAUUCCUGACAGCAACCAGAUCAAGUCCUGGAUCGAUCAGCAUCAUGCCACACGCGCUGUUGUUGUUGGUGGAGGCUUCAUUGGCCUCGAAAUGGCAGAAAACCUCGUACAUCGUGGACUGAAAGUGAGUCUUAUCGAAUUGGCGCCGCAUGUAAUGCCUAUUUUGAGUGAUGAACUGGCUACCAUCCUCGAAAAGACGAUUCGGGAUCAUGGAAUUGAUCUUCAUUCUGGGAGUGGUUUCGAAUCGAUCACUGCAGAAUCCGAUCACUUAAAAGUGUCCCACACCAAGGGCACCCCGAUCGAAUGCGAACUCGUCAUUCUCUCCAUCGGCGUUUCUCCGAACUCCGAAUUGGCACGUGACUGCGGCUUAUCGCUCGGCAUGCGCGGCAGCAUCGCCGUAGACCGCCAGAUGCGCACAAGCGAUCCAUCAAUCUUCGCGGUGGGCGAUGUGGUCCAAGUCACCAGCCGAGUGACCGAUAAACCCACGACGCUUCCCCUGGCCGGCCCCGCGAACCGCGAGGGGCGAAUUGUGGCCGAUGUGCUGAGCGGCUUGCAAUCGGAAUUUCCGGGCGUGCAGGGAACUUCCGUGUGCCGCAUGUUCGACUUGACCGUAGCGAUGACCGGUGAAACGCCCGCCUCGCUGAGCCGCUCGAAGGCGAUGGACGCCGAAAAAGUGGAGUGUGUGCACGUGCACGCGGCGAAUCACGCGACGUAUUACCCGGGAUCGUCGAUGAUUCACUUGGAUCUGUGCUUCGAUAGGGAGAGCGGACGCGUGCUGGGCGCGCAGGCGGUGGGGAAGGACGGCGUGGAGAAGCGGAUCGACGUGCUGGCGGCGUUCAUUCAGAUGAAGGCGACGGUGAGCGAUGUGGCGCAGGCGGAGCUGUGCUACGCGCCGCCGUUUGGGUCGGCGAAGGAUGUGGUGAAUAUGGCUGGAAUGCUGGGAGAAAACGUGAUGAAGGGACUGGUGAGACAGAUGGCGUGGGAGGAGGCGCUGCGGAGAGAGGAUGUGUUUAAGCUGGACGUGCGAAAUAAGGCGAUGUUUGAUGCGAAUCCGAUCGCUGGGUUUGAGAAUAUUCCGCUGGAGAAGGUGCGAAGCAGUCUGGAGAAGAUUCCGAAGGAGAAGGAAGUGGCGGUGACGUGCAACGUGGGGAAGACGGCGUAUUUCGCAGCGAGAAUUCUGAUGCAGGAGGGAUAUCGCGUGAGUUUGUUGCCGGGAGGGUGGAAUACGUAUUCGAUUCUGCCGGAGAAGGUGAAGAAGCAGGAGUAAGGAAGAAGGGCUUCUUGGA